CCGCGUCCGCCUCCUCGCGCGCGCGGACGGCGGUCGUCCUCGCGUCGCGCGAUGAAGGACGACGACCCCGCGAUCCUCCUCGCGAGAUUCGCGCUCGUCCUCGUCGCGUCCUGGGCCGCCGGGUCGCUCGUGCAGCGCGUUCGGCUGCCUCGCAUCACGGGGCACAUCUUCGCCGGCAUCGCGUGCGGGCCGCACGUCGCCGGCGUCGCGACCGAGCGCCUCGCGUCGAUGCUGACGUCCCUGGACGUCGUCUGCCUCGCCGUCAUCGGCGUCGCCGCGGGCGCGGAGCUGCGGGCGUCCGAGCUGCGCAAGAACCCGAGGCCGACGCUCGUGAUGACGCUCGCCAUCUCGACGCUCUCGUUCCUCUUCGUGCUCCUCUCCGUCGUCCUCCUCCUCGGCCCGACGAGCAUCGCGAUGUUGCGCGGGCUCAGCACGUGGCACGCGGUCGCGGUCGGAUCACUCGCGGGCACGCUCGCGAUCGCGCGAUCGCCCGCGUCCGCGAUCGCGGUGUUGCACGAGAUGCGAGGCAAAGGCCCGUUCUGCUCGCACGUCAUGGCGGUCACCAUCGUGAAGGACGUCCUCGUCGUCGUCGCGUUCGCGCUGAACAUGGAGGCCGUCGCGCUGUCCGGGCUCGCGUUCCACCCCUACGACGUCGCCUACUCCGCCGCCGAUGGCACCGCGGGCGGCUUGGGGAGAAGCGCGGCGCGUUCGGCGUUCGCGCUGAUGAGGCCGUUCGCCGUCGUCGCCGCGUCCGCGGCGUGCGGCGUCCUCGCCGGCGUCGGGUUGUUCGGCCCGGCGCUCAAACCCGCGCGUCAGCGCCCGACGCUGUCGCGCGUCCUGCGCCCGGCGUACGUCCUCGUCAUCGCGAGCGGGCUGUACGCGACGAGCGCGUCGUGCGGGCUCGAGGCGCUGUUGAUUUGCAUGCUCGCGGGGGCGACGGCGGCGAAUCGACGGCACGACUCGGGCGAGCGCGAACGCGACGCGCUCGAGCUCGCGGUCCGCGGGUUGAUGCCGAUAAACAACCUCGUGUUCUUCACGAGCGUCGGGUGUGGGUUGCGCGUGCCCGCGGUGGUCGACUACGGGCUCGUCGCCGCGGCGAUGACGGUCGCGAGGACGGGCGCGUUGAUGGUCGCGUGUCGCCUCGGGUGCGUUCUCGUCGGCGCCCCGGCCGCGCACAAGGAGGUCAUGUGGCAGGGGUUCGUCACCCAGGCUGGGGUCGCGCUCGGGCUCAUUCGCACGAUGGAGCGCAAGUUCCCCGGGUGGGGCGAAGACUUAGGGAGUCUCAUGGUCGCGUGCGUGGUCGUGAACUUGCUCAUCGGGCCGCCGUUGUUUCGAAACGCGAUCGUCGCCGUCGGAGAGAGCGGCGUCGCCGGCGGCGGCGGCGGCGGCGCGACGGCGGGAGUUGGAGCACGGAGCGGCGCGGGAGGCGCGCCCGUGGGUAUCGCGGGGGAGGUCUGA